UGCGACACAGAGCGUCUGCCAUAUGGUAGAGUCUUCGGCCGUGUUCUCCAGUCAGCUUCACGAGUCAGGACCAGUAUACGUCCAGUCGAGAUAACGGCCAGACGAGAAUACGAUAGGAAGGAUGAAUUUAAUAUUCAUAACUUUUGUAAUGUGCUCUUUCUUUGGGGCUUCCGUUGCUGGCAUAUACGAUGAGUCUGAUGGAGGCUACAAAGACAUCUGGAAGGCAAUAACAGAAUCCGACAAAUAUUUCGUCAUCAAGCGUAAUUACAGUCAAGGCAGGCUUGAAUGCGAGUUUAUGAGGGUAGUCGGCAAGGAUAUAAAAAACCGCCGGCUUAACGCAGUUUUCGGCUACCGUAACGCAACCGCCAAACGAUACAAUCUCCAGACCAUGCAAGUGACCACAUCAAAAUACGGGAUGGUGCCAUUCGACAACAAGAUGACCAUCAGAAAACCAAAAUCAUCCGCAGACCUAGCGAAUUACAUACUAAUGUACUACAACGACGGAUGUCUCGUUUUGCGAACGUGGGAUUGGCAACACCCGAACCGAAUGUCCCAUAUAUCGCACGACGCAUACUGUGAAAUGUGGACCGUAGCAACAAAAGCGGAGAGAGUACCUAUGGCAUGUGACGGCUUUUAUAAAUCUUUAUGCGAUGAUCCAGUGUCGCAAAAAGUAUACAAAAGAUACUGCCAGAUUAUAUCGUGAAUAAAAUUAUCACCAUCAA